AUGAGCUCCGUACCAGCAGCAUCGCUGCAGAUUCCAAUGCUGUCCAUCCCGCUCAAAAAGACCGAGGAUGUCGACUUUGUCUCGCCCCUCAAGUCGGCCAUCCGCACAACCUACCAAGAAGACCCCGACAAGUUUGUCCAGGAGAUCGCCCUCUUCAAUCGCCUGCGUCAGGACGCCCGGAGUGCAGGACCCGAUAUCCUCGGACGGGACAUGCUCUAUCGCUACCACGGCCAGCUCGAGCUCGCAGACCUGCGAUUCCAGUUCGAUCAGAACGGCAUCAAGGUCAAGUUUCCGUGGCACGACGCCUUUUCGUCCGAGGAGAUUGCUCAAUUCUCGUUUGCCUACGAGCGAGCCUGCAUCAUCUUCAACCUCGCGGCUGUGUGCUCUUCUUACGCCGCUGCCCAGAACCGAUUCGAGCUCGUUGGGCUCAAGACGGCAUCCAACUAUUUCCAGACCGCGGCCGGGCUGCUCGAUUUCAUCGACAAGAACUUCCUGCAUGCCCCUUCAAAGGACAUGUCGAACGCAUCCGUCAAGACCCUGGUUAGUCUGUUGUUGACGCAGGCCCAGGAGUGUUUUGUCGAGAAGCUGCUCUCCGAGGGCAAAUCGGGCAACCUCGUCGCCAAGCUCGCCGCCCAUAUCACCCACGCCUACCGAUCUGUUCUCGAGGGCUUCUCGGACGAGUCGCUCGAGGACCAGUUUCCGUCCAACUGGACCGACAUCGUCACGAUCAAGUCCAAGCACUAUAAUGCCCUCUCGCACUACCAUCGUGCCCUGCAUUCGCAAUCCACAGCAAAGCACGGUGAAGCCGUCGCGUACUUUAUCGCCGCAGAAAGCCUGGCCAAGGAGGCCGAGAAGCUCGCCAAGAAGAUCUCGAGCACUGGGCUGUCGUUCAUUCCCUUUGCCAAAGACUCCAAGUCCAACGACAGCUCCACCGCAGCACUCGCAAACGCCACAAAGACUCUCCUCGCCACCGUCACCGAAAAGAAAACCCAGGCCGCCAAGGAUAACGACGUGAUCUACAGCGAGCCUGUGCCCAGUGCCGACGUGCUGCCCGCGAUCGAAAAGACCUGCAUUGUCAAGAUCACGACCUUUGUCGACCUCUUCCCCAACGGCGAGCAAGAAACUCAAAGAAUCAUCGGCAAGGACAUCUUCCAGGUGCUGGUGCCCAUGGCCGUUCACGAGUCGUCGUCGAUCUACUCCGAAGAGAAGGCCCAGAUCCUCCGCAGCCUCCAGACCAAGGCGGAGGCGGCGCUGGAAGAAACCCAGGCCUCGAUGGACUCGCUCAAUGUUGCGACCGUGAUGGCAACCAUCACCAAGCUCACAAAGAACCCAAACGCAGUCUCGGUCGAGGUUCCGCCCGAGGUGAUUGAAUGGUCUAACAACCUCAAGGAGCUCCACAACGGCCUCAAGUCCGAUGAGCUUUUGCAGAGCCUCAGCGGCACCAAGAAGCUCGUGUGUGAUGUCCUGGACGAGUCCGUCAAAGCCCUCGACUCGGAGCAGAUUGAAUGCGAAAAUCUGCGCCGCCAGUAUGGCGACUUGUGGACCCAGUCUCCAUCCCAUUCCGUGGCGGCAAAGUUCCGCCAGGAAAUCACCCAGUACCGUAGCCUCUACGAGAAGGCACUGAUCUCAGAUGCCAGCUGGAUCUCUGUCAUGGACGGCGUCAAGGCCGAUGUCGAUCUGCUGCUCCAGAGCGUCAGCGACAUCGAAGGCGCUCUCAUCACCCAUGUCGCCACCACCGUAACUAGCACCCAGCCGCCCAAGCCCAAGGAGGCCCCAGUCAACCUGCUCGAAGUCGACAUCGCUCCUCCUCCGAGCCAGACCCCAGCCUCGGGCGAGCUGGGAGCGCUUGGCGAACAGGUGCUCGUCGACGAACUUAAUCAGCUGUUGGCCCAGAUCCGGAAUCUCAAGACCGCAAUCAAGGCUGAUCUGGAUGAGCUCAAACAAAAGGUCCAUAACGACGAUAUCUCCCAGCUCCUGGUUCAGCACAAGAACAAGGAGCGAGAGCUGUUCGACAUCGAACUGAAAAAGUUCAAGCCGUACCAAGACAAGAUCAGCGACAAUCUGCGCAUCCUGGGCGAGCUUGUGUCCAAGUUCCAAAACAGCUACCAACGACUCGCAUUCUCUGGGACGCUCAAGCAGCACCAGCAGCGCGAGCGGGUCAAAUUGAGCCUAAUUAGCAAGUGGAGGGACUCGUACACGAAGCGCAUGGCCAUCGAGGACGGCAUCCGCUCUGGACGGCAGUUCUACACGGACUUGCUCGACAGGGUCAUGGCCCUGUCCAAGAACAUCAACGAGAUGGUCGCUCAGCGAGCCCAGGAGCGUGACAGGCUUGUCAAGCAAAUGGCUGCACGCUCUGCCCAGGCCAGCCAAACCGUUCUCAAGGACCAGCUUGCCCGUCUCAGCAUCAGCUCCAGUCCCAUCCAGGCGACCCCUCCUUGGCAAGGUGCUUCGCUGCCCAGCCCGUCACAGGGCGUUCCUGCCACUGCCUCUGCCCAGCAUGGCGGCUAUCCUCCAUCUGUGGCAGCUGCAGGCUACUCGGCCUUCCCGCCAACCUCCCAGGCCUAUGGCUACGCCCCUGCGGGUGUUGCCCAGGCACCGCACAAUCCGUACACGCCCAAUCCAGUGCAGGGCUUCCCACCGACCGCCGCUCCUCAAGCUCCUCGGAGUUACGACCAAGCCCCACCCGUCCCUGCGCGACCUGGUCAGCCCUACGGAUCUACCGGUGCACCGGCUGCAUCGCAGUACCAGCAGUAUUCCGGAAUCAGUGCUCCUCCUCAACAGGCCAGCCCCUAUGGACAGCCUGCCCCAGGCGCAUACGGAUACGGCCAGCCCCAGGCACAACAGUCCGGGCACUACGACCAGGGUGCGACCCAGCGACCCUAUGGAUGGAGCGGGCCGUCCGGCGCUCUCCCGGCCGGACCUGGAUACGGAAGCACCCAGCCCGCUGGCCCAUCUGGCGGAUAUUCAACCGGCAUGGUUAGUUAG